UGCCGCAUCUCAAGAUAGUUGCGGUCUGAAUUCGCCGGAGUGAGGAGCAACAUGAACUACGUGGGACUUAUCAUUGUGCUGAGCUGCCUUUGGCUCGGCUCGAACGCGAGUGAUCCGGAUGACCCUCUGUUGGUGCAGCUGCCCCAGGGCAAGCUACGUGGUCGCGAUAAUGGAAGCUACUACAGCUACGAAUCGAUUCCCUAUGCCGAACCGCCCACUGGCGAUCUACGAUUCGAGGCACCAGAGCCGUACAAACAAAAGUGGUCGGAUAUCUUCGAUGCCACCAAAACGCCGGUGGCGUGCCUGCAAUGGGAUCAGUUUACGCCUGGGGCCAACAAACUGGUAGGAGAGGAGGAUUGCCUGACCGUCAGCAUCUACAAGCCGAAGAAUAGCAAGAGGAGUAGCUUCCCGGUGGUAGCCCACAUUCAUGGAGGCGCCUUUAUGUUCGGUGCAGCAUGGCAAAAUGGACACGAGAACGUGAUGCGUGAGGGUAAAUUCAUUCUGGUGAAGAUAAGCUAUCGCCUGGGGCCAUUGGGUUUUGCUAGCACCGGCGACAGGGAUCUGCCCGGAAACUACGGACUGAAAGAUCAACGGCUGGCUCUCAAAUGGAUUAAGCAGAAUAUAGCCAGUUUCGGCGGAGAACCACAGAACGUACUGUUGAUUGGUCACUCCGCUGGAGGAGCUUCGGUCCAUCUGCAGAUGCUUCGUGAGGAUUUCGGUCAGCUGGCCAAGGCGGCAUUCUCGUUUAGCGGGAAUGCUCUGGAUCCAUGGGUUGUCCAGAAGGGCGCAAGGGGACGAGCCUUUGAACUGGGACGCACCGUGGGAUGUGAAUCGGCUGAAGACUCGGCCAGCCUGAAGAAAUGCCUUAAGUCCAAGUCUGCCAGUGAAUUAGUCACCGCCGUCCGUAAAUUCCUCGUAUUUUCCUACGUGCCCUUUGCUCCAUUUAGUCCUGUGCUGGAGCCAUCGGAUGCUCCAGACGCCUUUCUCACCCAGGAUCCCAGGGAGGUCAUUAAGAGCGGAAAGUUCGGACAGGUUCCCUGGGCUGUUUCCUACGUCACAGAGGAUGGUGGCUACAAUGCCGCCUUGCUUUUAAAGGAACGGAAAUCUGGAAUAGUUAUUGAUGAUCUGAACGAUCGUUGGCUUGAGUUGGCACCAUAUUUCCUAUUCUACCGGGACACGAAGACCAAGAAGGAUAUGGACGACUACUCGCGGAAGAUUAAGGAGGACUAUUUAGGCAAUCAGAAAUUUGACAUCGAAAGCUAUUCAGAAUUGCAGCGGCUGUUCACGGAUAUUCUCUUCAAGAAUAGCACACAGGAGUCAUUGGAUCUUCAUCGCAAAUAUGGAAAAAGUCCUGCCUACGCGUAUGUCUAUGACAAUCCGGCCGAAAAAGGAAUCGCACAGGUCCUGGCCAACCGAACCGAUUAUGAUUUUGGAACUGUGCAUGGUGACGACUACUUCUUGAUAUUCGAAAAUUUCGUUAGAGAAGUGGAAAUGCGUCCGGAUGAGGAGAUAAUUUCGAGAAAUUUUAUCAAUAUGCUGGCAGAUUUUGCUUCGAGUGAUAAUGGCGAUCUAAAAUAUGGCGAAUGCGCGUUCAAAAAUAACGUAGGUAGUGAGAAAUUCCAAUUAUUAGCUAUUUAUAUUGAUGGAUGCCAGAAUAGGCAGCAUGUGGAAUUUCCAUGAGUUACACGAAUAAAAACAAAUAUUUUUCGUUCUGUGUAA